GUCUGUCAGUGUCAGUCAGGGCGGCGGCGGCGGUUCCCCCAUGGCAGCGGCGGGGCCCGCGGCGGCCGCGACUCCCGCACGGCUCCGGGCGGCGGCGGAGGCGGCGGCGGAGGCGGAGGCGACGGGGGAAAGGCGCGGGCCCCCCCCUCGGAGGCAGCCGGCGGUCGCCAUGGCAGCGCCGCGCAGGUGAGACCCCAAAUCCCCACGGGGUCGGCCGCGAUGGCGUCGCCGGCCGUCAGCCCCGACUCGUCGUCCCAUGAAGCCCUCUCCUCCGUCAACUCGGCCCCGGCGUGUUCGCCCACGUCCGACUCCGAGAACCUCAGCCCCGACGAGCUGGAGCUGCUGGCAAAGCUGGAGGAGCAAAACAGGCUGCUGGAGGCCGACUCCAAGUCGAUGCGCUCCAUGAACGGCUCGCGGAGGAACAGCGGCUCCUCGUUGGUCUCCAGCUCUUCGGCCUCCUCCAACCUCAGCCACCUGGAGGAGGACACCUGGAUCCUCUGGGGCCGCAUCGUCAACGAGUGGGACGAGUGGAGGAAGAAGAAGGAGAAGCUGCUGAAGGAGCUCAUCCGCAAAGGGAUCCCCCACCACUUCCGUGCCAUCGUCUGGCAGCUGCUCUGCAGCGCCACCGACAUGCCCGUCAAGAACCAAUACUCAGAGCUGCUCAAGAUGUCCUCCCCCUGCGAGAAGCUCAUCCGCAGGGACAUCGCCCGCACCUACCCGGAGCACGAGUUCUUCAAGGGGCAGGACAGCCUGGGCCAGGAGGUGCUCUUCAACGUCAUGAAGGCCUAUUCACUGGUGGACAGGGAGGUUGGGUACUGCCAGGGCAGCGCCUUCAUCGUGGGACUGCUGCUCAUGCAGAUGCCUGAGGAAGAGGCUUUCUGUGUGUUUGUGAGGCUGAUGCAGGAGUACCGCCUGCGGGAGCUCUUCAAACCCAGCAUGGCAGAGCUGGGGCUCUGCAUCUACCAGUUCGAGUACAUGCUGCAGGAGCAGCUGCCCGAGCUGAACAUCCACUUCCGCUCGCAGAGCUUCCUCACCUCCAUGUAUGCUUCCUCGUGGUUCCUCACCCUCUUCCUCACCACCUUCCCUCUGCCCGUGGCCACGCGGGUCUUCGACAUCUUUAUGUACGAGGGGCUGGAGAUCGUCUUCCGCGUGGGGAUGGCACUGCUGCAGUUCAACCAGGCUGAGCUGGUCCAGCUGGACAUGGAGGGGAUGUCCCAGUACUUCCAGAAGGUGAUCCCACACCAGUUUGACAGCUGUCCCGACAAGCUCAUCCUCAGGGCCUUCCAGGUCAAAUACAACCCCAAGAAGAUGAAGAGGCUGGAGAAGGAGUACACCGCCAUCAAGAACAAAGAGAUGGAGGAGCAGAUUGAGAUCAAGCGCCUCCGCACCGAGAACCGCCUGCUGAAGCAGCGCAUCGAAACCCUGGAGAAGGAGAGCGCGGCUCUCGCCGACAGGCUCAUCCAGGGCCAGGUGACGCGGGCGCAGGAAGCAGAGGAGAACUACAUCAUCAAAAGGGAGCUGGCAGUGGUGAAGCAGCGCUGCACUUCGGCCACCGAAAACCUCCAGCGUGCCCAGAGCACCAUCCGACAGCUGCAGGACCAGCAGGGGAACCCGCGCUUCAGCGAGGAGUUUGUCACCCACCUGGAGACGGAGUUGGAGCAGUCGCGGCUGCGGGAGAGCGAAACGCUCGGCGCCCUGAAGGAGAUGCAGGACAAAGUGCUGGACAUGGAGAAGAGGAACAGCCUCCUGCCUGAUGAGGACAACGUGGUGCGGCUGCAGGAGGAGCUGCAGGCGCUGGCGCUGCGCGAGGCCGAGGCGGUCAAAUCUCUGACGGAGCUGCAGCAGCAGGUGAAGGACCUCAGCGACAGCUGGCAGGCGGGCCGUGCGGGGGGGCGCUGGAAGGAUUCCCCGCGGCGGAGCAACGCCAACGCGCUGCAGGAGGCGGUGGUGGCAGCGCGGCUGCGGGAGGCUCAGGCCCAGGCUGAGCUGCGGGCGCUGCGGCAGCGGGUGCUGCAACUGGAGACACAGGGUCAGAUCCAGCGCACGGUGCUGGGCCGUGCGGAGCAGACGUGCGCGGGGCUGCGGGAGCAGCUGCGUCUGGCGGCGGCGCAGAGCAAAGGGCUGCAGGCGCAGCUCAGCGAGAGCCACCGGAAGCACGCCGAGGCGCAGUGCAAGAGCAAGGAGGAGGUGAUGGCGGUGCGGCUGCGCGAGGCCGACAGCAUGGCAGCCCUGGCCGAGAUGCGACAGCGUGUGGCUGAGCUGGAGAUCCAGAGGGAGGAGGGGAUGAUCCAGGGGCAGCUCAACCACUCGGACGCCGCUCAGUACAUCCGGCAGCUCAAGGACCACAUCGACGAGCUCAAGGCUGAGAUCCGGCUGCUGCGGGGUCCGUUGUCGUUCGGGGCGGUGGGUUUGGGGCCGCGCCUCGGGGACGACGACUCGUUGGGUUCCUCCGACGAGGAGCUGCCGCCCUUUGCUCUGCCCCACGGGGACAUCGGAGACCUCGGGGACCUCGGGGACAUGGGGGACAGCAGCGACAGCGACGCCGAGGGGGCGCCCACGGCACCGUGACCCCGCGGGGGACGGCGGUGGACCCACGGGGACGUGGGGGAACUUUGGGGGCGUCGGGGGACGGCGGUGACAUCGGGGACGGCGGAUUGGGGGGGUGGAGGGGUGGUGGGGGGGGGGGUGGGGGGCGUCCGGUCACCCCCGUGGGGUCACCCAGGGGGGCGCUGAGGACGUGGAGGGGGACCCGGGGGGCACUGAGGGACAUCUGUGGGCCCCCCGGCACCCUUUGGGACCCCGAAGGACACCCCAAGGGACCCCCGUGGCACCCAGAGGACCCCGAGGGACACUUCGGGGACCCACAGCACCCAGGGGACGCCGAGGGGCACCCAUUGGCCCCAUUGCACCCAGGGGACCCCAAGGGACACCUAUGGGACCCACAGCACCCAGGGGACCCCAAGGGACACUUCGGGGACCCAUAGCACCCAGGGGACCCCAAGGGACACCUAUGGGACCCACAGCACCCAGGUGACGUCGAGGGGCACCUAUUGGGAUCCACAGCACCCAGGGGACCCCAAGGGACGCCCACAGGCCCCAUAGCACCCAGGGGACCCCAAGGGACACCUGUGGGACCCAUAGCACCCAGGGGACAUCAAGGGACACCCAUAGGUGCUGUGACACCAAUGGGACCCCAAGGGACACCCAUAGGCCCCAUAGCACCCAGGGGACCCCUAUGGGACCCACAGCACCCAGGGGACCCCAAGGGACACCUAUGGGACCCACAGCACCGAGGGGACCCCAAGGGACACCCAUAGGUGCUGUGACACCCAUGGGACCCCAAAGGACACCUAUGGGACCCACAGCACCAAGGGGACCCCAAGGGAAACCCAUAGGCCCCAUAGCACCCAGGGGACCCCAAGGGACACCUAUGGGACCCACAGCACCCAGGGGACGCCAAGGGACACCCAUAGGUGCUGUGACACCAAUGGGACCCCAAGGGACACCUAUGGGACCCACAGCACCCAGGGGACCCCAAGGGACACCUGUGGGCCCCAUAGCACCCAUGGGACCCCAAGGGACACCUAUGGGACCCACAGCACCCAGGUGACGUCGAGGGGCACCUAUUGGGAUCCACAGCACCCAGGGGACCCCAAGGGACGCCCACAGGCCCCAUAGCACCCAGGGGACCCCAAGGGACACCUGUGGGACCCAUAGCACCCAGGGGACAUCAAGGGACACCCAUAGGUGCUGUGACACCAAUGGGACCCCAAGGGACACCCAUAGGCCCCAUAGCACCCAGGGGACCCCUAUGGGACCCACAGCACCCAGGGGACCCUAAGGGACACCUGUGGGACCCACAGCACCCAGGGGACCCCAAGGGACACCUAUGGGACCCACAGCACCCAGGGGACGCCAAGGGACACCCAUAGGUGCUGUGACACCAAUGGGACCCCAAGGGACACCUAUGGGCCCCAUAGCACCCAUGGGACCCCAAGGGACACCUGUGGGACCCACAGCACCCAGGGGACCCCAAGGGACACCUAUGGGACCCCACAGCACCCAGGGGACCCCAAGGGACACCUAUGGGACCCCACAGCACCCAGGGGACCCCAAGGGACACCUAUGGGACCUGUAGCACCCAUUGGACGCCAAGGGAUACCCAUUGGCCCCAUAGCACCCAGGGGACCCCAAGGGACACCUAUGGGACCCACAGCACCCAGGGGACACCGAGGGACACCCAGAGGUGCCAUGGCAGCCAAGGGACACCUAUAGGCCCCAGGGGACAUGAAGGGACAUCCAUGGGCCCCACAGCCCGCAGGGGACACCUAUAGGUCCCAGGGGACACUGAGGGACACCCAGAGGUCCCAUGGCAGCCAAGGGACACCUAUAGGCCCCAGGGGACACCGAGGGACCCCCAGAGGUCCCAUGGCAGCCAAGGGACACCUAUAGGUCCAAGGGGACAUGAAGGGACAUCCAUGGGUCCCAUGGCACCAAGGAAACAUUGAGGGACACCUAUAGGGGACACCUAUAGGUCCCAGGGGACACUGAGGGGCACCCAGAGGUCCCAUGGCACCAAGGAAGCAUCAAGGGACACCUAUAGGCCCCAGGGGACACCAAGGGGCACCCGUGGGCCCCACAGCACCCAGGGGACACCUAUAGGCCCCAGGGGACACUGAGGGUCACCCAGAGGUCCCAUGGCAGCCAAGGGACACCUAUAGGUCCCAGGGGACACCGAGGGACAUCCAUGGGCCCCACAGCACCCAGGGGACACCUAUAGGCCCCAGGGGACACCGAGGGGCACCCGUGGGCCCCACAGCACCCAGGGGACACCUAUAGGCCCCAGGGGACACCGAGGGACCCCCAGAGGUCCCAUGGCAGCCAAGGGACACCUAUAGGUCCAAGGGGACAUGAAGGGACAUCCAUGGGUCCCAUGGCACCAAGGAAACAUUGAGGGACACCUAUAGGGGACACCUAUAGGCCCGGGGGGACAUGAAGGGACACCCAUGGGCCCCACAGCACCCAGGGGACACCUAUAGGCCCCAGGGGACAUGAAGGGACACCCAUGGGCCCCACAGCAACCGGGGGACACCUAUAGGCCCCAGGGGACACUGAGGGACAUCCAUGCACCCCACAGCACCCAGGGGACACCGAGGGACCCCCAGAGGUCCCAUGGCAGCCAAGGGACACCUAUAGGCCCCAGGGGACACCGAGGGACAUCCAUGGGUCCCAUGGUACCAAGGAAACAUCAAGGGACACCUAUAGGGGACACCUAUAGGCCCCAGGGGACACCGAGGGACAUCCAUGGGCCCCGCAGCACCCAGGGGACACCUAUAGGUCCCAGGGGACACUGAGGGGACCCCACAGACCCCAUGGGGGGCACUGAUUGGGGGGGGGGGGAGGGGGGGGUGACAACACUGAGGGCCACCCAUAGCACCGCCUGCAGGAUCCAACCCUGGGGACACGGAUAUGGGGCGGGGGGGGGAGAGACGUUCCACCCCCCCACCCCCCCCCCAAAAAAAGGACCCGGUGCCAUUCCUGCACCCAACGACCCCCAGGAAGUAAUGGGGACCCCCCCCCCAAAAAAAAAAAGUGGGGGUGGCCCCGGGAUGGGGUUGGAUCCCCCCCCCCCCAUUGCUGUUUAUACCCUGUACAGACAAAUACACUGUGGGCCAACGGGACCCCAAAAAACCACA